AAUAACAAACAUAGAGGUGGUCCAUCUAAAAAUAAAAUUUCUGAAUAUUUAGAUCAACUAUCCCUAUUUUCUCGCACAGCCGCAGUUCGACGAUGUCAACACACCGAUUGGGAUUUAUGUGAAAGCGUUAGGUUGCAAGAAUUGCAGGAGUCUUUCAAUUUCCCAAAUUCCUUCAAUUUUCGGACUCUUGUCGUCAACCUUAUCUACCUGGCAGUGAUCGAUAAUAGAUUUUUCUUCCCACAGGCCCGGGACCGUGCCGCUCAGAUGGAGAAAACCAUGCGCUGGUGGUCGGAAUGUACAGCUUGUUGGCGUGAGAAAUGGAGCACGGUCAGGGACGAGAGAAACAGAGCCAGGGAAGAAGGUCAAGCACUCAGACAUGCUUACGAAGAGGCAAAUGUGAGUUUAAAAAAUUGUUACAAAGUGCUGGCUAAGAUCGACAAAAUCCAGUCUGAGAAACGAGAUGUGGAAAUGGAAUUGAUGAAAACCAAAUCGGCCCUACAUAAACUGGUUGUACAAAAUAGCAUAGCACAAAAUCGGGUACGAUCGAUGCUAGAUUUUCCAGAAAUGAAAGUUUUCUUACAGUCUUUCGAGAUUCCGGAGGUUACAGUAGAACGAAUGGAUGAGGAAUGUGAUGUGAAGCCAGAGUUAUUCACAGAAGGAGUGCAAACUGAUGAUGAUGUAAGGCUUACUAUACCAAUACUUCUUUAUUGGAUGAUUAGAUACCAUGGCUAUUUUUCAGCCGUUGUCAGAAUCGGAGAUGACGUCAUCUAA